AAUUCAAUCUGACGUUUAUCCCAAUCAAUUAUGGCUACUACAAACCCUCUGAAUAUUGACAUCGAAUGCUAUCAUCCGCCCUCGGAUGAAGAGCAAACCAUUUUCAAUAUCCUAACCGUCUACCUCCCCGAAGACUCCCCCACAACACCUCAGCAAGCAGCCCACCAAAUUACUAUUCUCCUACCAGACAAUCAACCAGACAAUGAUGUUAUUGAUAAGCCAAGCCAAGGUGGUUUUCUUUGCAGCCUCUGGGAAUUGAUGUUUCAUAUCGCCGACCAACUGGACUAUCGAGAAGAACCCAUGCAGCGGUUUGUCAUGUUAAUCGAGGCUAUUCGCGAGUCUCCGGUUCCUUUCAUUAAGGAGAAUGAUAGGCUUACCGAUGGUGCACGGGUUUGGCAGGACUUGCCUUAUUUCAGUAUGAUGCUGUGUGAGAGAUGGAAUAGCAUGCCUACUCCCGAAUCCCCCAACGAGGCCCAUCGCCGAGAGAAAAACAUAAACGGGCUAAUCGCCCAUUUCACCAACAAAGGCAUAUACCAAGGCCAGUACCGAGCCAUCGCCAUGAUCCAUCGUGCACUGGAGUGUAACGACGGAAGAUCGCGAAAAAAGCUACAUUUACAACUGAGAAAAGCAACUAUUGCCUAUCGCGUCCCUACUGCCGCAAUAUACUUGAUCUUGUGUGCUCCUAAGCUCUUCGAGGCCUGUAAGCAGCGCAAGUGUCAAGAUUCUGAGGCGACUGGGGAAUUGUGGAAGGGGGAGCCGGCUCGAGGGUAUUCGGUUGCGCGGUGGGAGUUUUGGAGAAGUCGGUUUGUGGUAAUUAUUGAUCAUUCUGAUGCGACGGAGGAGACUAGAGAGUCGUGUAGGGCUGCGAUUGAGGCGAUGGAUGCUGCAGUGGGACAGGCGGCACAUUAAUCAUUUAAGUCAACCUCAACAUCUAUAUAAUAUCCUUUCUACACUGAGGGGCAGCAUGACAAUAAGCACUCGAGGUUAUAUAUGUCGGUAAUGAUGACCUGGAGACUCGUCGUCCUUCCUUGACUGUGAAUGGAUGACCAAUAAUAGUUCAAACUGCUGUGAAUAGAAG